UUUUGGCAGAUGGAUCAGUAGAGUUAGUCAGCAUCCAAUCACAAGUAGCUUACGACGGACCAUGGCUACAGCAGGAGAAGGGUCAGCAAGUGAUGGCACAGGGAAGUUAAACAGACUUGCAUCUGAGAAGAGUCCAUACCUGUUGCAGCAUGCUAGCAACCCUGUUGACUGGUUUCCAUGGAGUGAAGAAGCCUUCAGUGUAGCCAAAAGAGAAAACAAGCUAAUUUUUCUUAGUGUAGGCUACUCAACAUGCCACUGGUGUCAUGUAAUGGAAAGGGAGAGCUUUGAGAAUCCAGACAUAGCAAAAAUAAUGAAUGCAAAUUUCAUUAAUGUUAAAGUGGACAGGGAAGAACGACCCGAUGUGGACAAAGUUUAUAUGACGUUUGUAACAUCUGUGAGCGGGAGUGGUGGAUGGCCCAUGAGUGUUUGGUUAACUCCAGACCUCAAGCCCAUAUAUGGAGGUACUUACUUCCCCCCUAACAACCGGUACUAUGGUCAUCCAGGAUUUACAGAGCUUCUUGUUUCCAUUGCAUCUCAGUGGAAAGAAGAUGAAGGCAAAUUCAAAGAAUCAGGAAAGAAGAUUAUGGAAGUGCUAGACCGUACUUCUCGCUUAUCUUUAUCUGCACAAUCAGAUUUGCCAGGAGAGGAGGCAAUUGCCAG